UUGAAAGGUCACGUUACCCGCUUCAUUUGAAUACGUUCACAACACGAAGAAGAUGAGGAAGAAGAAAAGCAGAAAAAGACAAAAAAAAGAGUCUCAAGAAGCACUUUUGAGCAACACCAACGUCUUGUAGUUGCCUCCAACAGGGCUUAAUAUUGUCGGGCGGGACCGCAGCGUAAAAGAAAUUCACGUGUCGAGGCACCGUUGUGCUUUUGCGGCGCGCCGCGUGACAACAGCAUGGACCCCCGGCUCCUGGCGGCUUGGCAGCGGGAGAGGGCGGAGCUCCGGGAGGAAGCGCGCCUGCUGCAGGAGGAGCUGGCCGAGAGUCGCGCCGAGCGGGAGGAGCUGGCGUCCAGGGCCAGGGCGCUCCGCGAGAGGCUGGAGGAGUCGGCGUCGCCGUCGCUCGCCCGCGGCCACCGGGCCGAGGAGGAGCAGCGCGAGAUGAGGAGGCGCAACAGGGAAGGCCGGGAAAGGGAGGCCCGACAGGCGCUACUCGUACACCGGCUGCAGAAGAAGGUGGCGGAGUACAGAGAGCGAUGUCAAACUUUGGAGUUUCAGCUGAAGUCAGGAUACGGACAGAUGAACAACAUGCAGACGAGUACGAGAAGGGACACCUCCGAGUCGUUGGAGAGCGCCCCCAUCAGCCUGGAGGAGGAACAACAAAGGGCGACGGGCCUGGCCCGGACCGCCGCCGCCCUGCGCCUGCGGCUCAGCCAAUCGGAGCGGGACAACGACGCCCUGAGAGCCGACGUCCGCGAGCUGACGUCGGAUUUGACGAGCGCUCUGGAGGAGGCGGAGCGCCGAGUGUCCCGUUGGCAGAGAGAGCGAGAGUGCGCGUCGAGUGAGGCGGCUCAGCAUCAGGAUCGGCUGUGGUGCGUGUGGAGGCGCGUGAUGUCGCUCAGACAACAUUGCCGCGCCGUCAGGACCGCCGCCGACAGGGACCUGUUGGAGAUGAGGGCCGAGCUGUGCCGCGUGCGCUUCUACCUUCAGUCCAGCUGCGACUGGGCCUCUUUGGACCUCAUCAAGAUGUACCGGCCGCCGCCCUCGUCCCUCGCCUCGGCCUCGGCGGCGGCGGCGGCUCCCCUUUCCGCCUCGUCCGGGCUCGGAACCUUCACCGUGGGAGAGCUGCUGGAGGCCGAGUCAGAGGACAGGAUGCGGGACAGCGAGGGCGCGCUGGAGGUUGUGGCUCAGGCUCAGGCUGUGGGGAAACUGUGCGGCGUGUUGAAAGCCGGCGCCCCGUCCCAGUCCCAGUCCCAGUCCCAGUCCGUCCUCGGUCGGGACUCGACUUCCCUGCUGUCGGUUCUCUCGCAGACGGAGAGCGCCGUGCAGUGGAAGCAGCAGGAAGUGCAGAGAGCCGAGCAACUGCAGGAUGACAGCCACAAAGUGGUCAAACAAGACGUGCGCACACGUGGCAGGCAGCUGGUGGAGGCGGAGCUACACAAGCGGGAGGCGGAGCUCCGUACCGGAGAAGCCGAGCUCCAAAGGAUAAAGGAGGCGCUGCGGCGAGAGGAAGAGGAGACGCUCGGCAAGGAGGCGGCGCUUCACAGGAGAGCUGGGGAGUUGCGUAAACAAGAGGAGGAGCUACGCGAGAGAGAGGAGGAGGUGGACAAGAGGGAGGAAGAGGCGCUCGCCAAGGAGGUGGCGCUACACACCGGUAAGGAGGAGCUGCGGAACAGACAGCGGGAGGUAGAGGAGAGGCGAGAGGACCUGCAGGCCAGAGAGGAGGAGGUGCAUCAACGACAGGAAUCGCUUGACAAACGAGAGAAGGAGGUCCUCAAAAGGGAGCGGGAGCUAGCUGAGGAGCUGCAGAAGAGAGAAGAGGGUGUGCAAAAGACUGAAGAGGAGGCACACAAAAGAGCGGAGGUGCUCGACGGAAGGGAGGAGGAGCUACAGAAGAACCAGGGGGAGUUGCGUAACAGAGAGGAGGAGGUGUACAAGAGAGAGGAGGAGGUGAAGAAAGGACAGGAAUUACUUGACAAAAGGGAGAAGGAGAUCCUUAAAAGCGAGGAGGAGCUGCAGAAGAGAGAAGAGGGUGUGCAAAAGACUGAAGAGGAGGCACACAAAAGAGAGGAGGUGCUCGACGGAAGGGAGGAGGAGCUACAGAACAGACAGCAGGAGGUAGAGAAGAGGCGAGAGGAGGUUCAUAAAGGACAGGAAUUACUUGACAAACGAGAGAAGGAGGUCCUCAAAAGGGAGCGGGAGCGAGAUGAGGAGCUGCAGAAGAGAGAAGAGGGUGUGCAAAAGACUGAAGAGGAGGCACACAAAAGAGCGGAGGUGCUCGACGGAAGGGAGAAGGAGCUGCAGAACAGACAGCAGGAGGUAGAGAAGAGGCGAGAGGAACUGGAGACCAGAGAGGAGGAGGCGGACAAAGGACAGAAGGAGCUUCACAAGAGAGAGGAGGAGGUGCAUCAACGACUGGAAUCGCUUGACAAACGAGAGAAGGAGGUCCUCAAAAGGGAGCGGGAGCUAGCUGAGGAGCUGCAGAAGAGAGAAGAGGGUGUGCAAAAGACUGAAGAGGAGGCACACAAAAGAGAGGAGGUGCUCGACGGAAGGGAGGAGGAGCUACAGAAGAACCAGGGGGAGUUGCGUAACAGAGAGGAGGAGGUGUACAAGAGAGAGGAGGAGGUGAAGAAAGGACAGGAAUUACUUGACAAAAGGGAGAAGGAGAUCCUUAAAAGCGAGGAGGAGCUGCAGAAGAGAGAAGAGGGUGUGCAAAAGACUGAAGAGGAGGCACACAAAAGGGAGGAGGUGCUCGACGGAAGGGAGGAGGAGCUACAGAAGAACCAGGGGGAGUUGCACAAGAGAGAGGAGGAGCUUCACAAGAGAGAGGAGGAGGUGCAUAAAGGACAGGAAUUACUUGACAAAAGGCAGAAGGAGAUCCUCAAAAGCGAGGAGGAGCUGCAGAAGAGAGAAGAGGGUGUGCAAAAGACUGAAGAGGAGGCACACAAAAGGGAGGAGGUGCUAGACGGAAGGGAGGAGGAGCUACAGAAGAACCAGGGGGAGUUGCACAAGAGAGAGGAGGAGCUUCACAAGAGAGAGGAGGAGGUGCAUAAAGGACAGGAAUUACUUGGCAAAAGGGAGAAGGAGAUCCUUAAAAGCGAGGAGGAGCUGCAGAAGAGAGAAGAGGGUGUGCAAAAGACUGAAGAGGAGGCACACAAAAGAGAGGAAGUGCUCGACGGAAGGGAGGAGGAGCUACAGAAGAACCAGGGGGAGUUGCAUAACAGAGAGGAGGAGGUGUACAAGAGAGAGGAGGAGGUGCAUAAAGGACAGGAAUUACUUGACAAAAGGCAGAAGGAGAUCCUCAAAAGCGAGGAGGAGCUGCAGAAGAGAGAAGAGGGUGUGCUAAAGACUGCAGAGGAGGCGCAUAAAAGAGAGAAGGAGGCGCUGAAAAGGGAACAGCAGCUACAGAAGAACCAGGAGGAGGUGCACAAGAGGCAGGAUGAGCUCCAGAGGAGAGAGGAGGAGGUGCAGAAGAGUUUUGACGCCGAGUUGCAGCAAAGGGAAUGCGUCGUCCGAGACGUGAAGGAGGCGCUGGAGCGAGAGGAGCUGGCCAGGCUGAGAGCGGAAGAAGAAGCGGCAGCCGCCCGAGACGACCUACUCAAGCGCUCCUCCCAGCAUGCUUCGGUGCUGCAGGAGCUGAAGGAGGCGCAGGAGCAGCUGCGGCUGGCGUCCGAGGAGAUGGCCGGGAUCGAACGCGUCCACGAGGAGCGGCGGCGAGAGGAGCGUGAAGUGCUGCACCGACAGCAGGAGCUCCGCCGACAGGAGGCGCAGGAGCUCCGGAGUCGCUCGGCAUCCCUGCAGGAGCAGCUGGAGGAGCAGCGGGCGCAGAUGUCGCGCGCCAACCUGGAGCGAGGCCACCUCAGCGCGGACCUGCGCACCCUGCAGGAGGCCAAGGACGCGCUCGAUGGCGAACUACGACGUCUACGGGAGGAGCUGUGCAGAGUCACCUCCCAAAAGGAGCACCACCAGAUGGAGAAAGAAAAGUCCUGGAAGAUGGAGGAGGAGCGCCUGAAGAAGGAGUUGGGAACCAAAGUCGGGGAGCUGGACACCCUGAGGAGGUGCGUGGAAGGCCUACAGCAGGAAAUGAAGGAACAGGAGGCGGCGGCGGCGUUAAAGGAGAAAAAAGCUCUAAUAGCAGAAGGAGAAAGGAUCCAAGUGGAAGAGGAAGAAAAGAGGAAAGAGUUGGAGGACGCGGGGAGGCGGACGGAAGCGCUACUGAGGGAGCGGGAGGCGCGAGUAGAGCAACUGACAAAGGAAUUGGGGACAAAAGACGGGGAGGCGGAGACUCAGAGGAGGCGCGUGGAAGGACUGCUGGCUGAAAUGAGGGAGCAGGAGGAGCAACUCGGGAAGGAGUUGAGAAAAAAGGACGAGGAGGUGGCGACGCUGGAGAGCCGCCUGCAAGAAGAACGAAAGCAGCGGGAAGAGGCCCCGGGUAGAGAGAAGAAAGAGCUGGCGGCGGAAGCCACGGCGAAGGAGCUGGACACGCUGAGGAGACGCGAGGAAGUGCUAGUGAAGGAAAUGAAGACGCGCGAGGAGCAACUCCGGGACGAGUUGGCAACAAAAAACCAAGACUUGGAGACCUCCAGGAGGCGGGUGGAAGUGCUACUGAAGGAAAGGGACGAGGAGUUGGAGACCAUGAGGAGGCGCGUGGAGGAAAUGAGGGCUGUGGCGGCACAGGCAAAGAAGCCACUGGAGGAGGACGGAACGGGAAAGGAGGAGGAGCAGCAGACAGGGUUGCUCCUCUCUCGCAUCGCACAGCUGGAAAAGGAGAACCGGAAGGUGGAGGAGCUUAAGGAGGCGCAAAUAAGGACAAUUCGGGAGAAGGAAGAGGAGCUCUGGCGCGUCGGAGAAGCCCCGAGGUUGGCGGCGCUCCGGCAGGAGGAGCAAACUGGCGAGCUCCGGGAGGCCGAACGAAAGCGCAAGGAAAAGGAGGUCAGAGCGGAGGAGCUGGAGCUCCUGCUUGCGGAAACCCAGCAGAGGCGCGAGGAGGAGGAGGCCCCCCGGAAAAGCGUGGCGCGGGAUCGGCGAGAAAAAGGGGAACAGGAGCGCGUGCAGGAGGUGCUGAAGCUGAAAAGCAUGCUGCAAGAGCGGGAGGAGGAGGUGCAGCGGUUGAGAGGCGCACAGGAGAAGGGUAAUGAGGCGGAGGUGCAGAGGCUCAGAAACGCGCUACGGAAGCCAAAAGGUGAGCAGGAAGAGAUGCUCCGCCAAGCCAGUGAGGAGGUCCGGAAGCUCAGCGGUAUGCUGCAAGAGCGGGACGAGGAGGUGCGGGAGCUCAGAAGCUUGCUGCAAAAACAAAAAGAGAAGGAGGAGGAGGAGGAGGAGGAAGAGGAGGAGUUGCUGAAGCUGAAACGUGCGCUGCGGGAGCGGGACGAAGAAAUCCUGAAGCUCAGGAGCAUUCAGGACAAGCAGGACCGGGAUCUUCUGAAGCUCACGGGCAUACACGAGCUAGAUGAGCAAGAAGAGCAGGCGCUCCAGCGGCCAAAUACAGAGGAGGAGCGAAGGGAGCAGUUGCGCAAGCUCCAAAACCUGGAGGAGAAGGAGGAGACCCAAAAACUGAGAAUCUUACAGGAGAAGUUUGAGGAAGAGAUCCAGAACCUCAAGUGUGCUCUGCAGGAGCGAGAAGAGGAGGUCCAAAGGCUGCGAGAAGUACAGAGGAGUCAUCCUGAAGGGAGGAGGCGGCAGGACGACAAUCCUGAACAGGUGGAGGGGAAGGACCCCGAAUUGGAGGCUCGGCAGGAGCUGGGGAGGACCAAAGAAGAGCUCUCGGUCCGCAAAGACCAAUGGCAGGAGGAGGCGCCGAGCCGGCGGCAGCAGAACGGAAUGAACACGCUGGAGGAGCUACGGCGGCGCGAGACGGAGCUGCUGCUCCUAGACGCGGACCUGAAGGCCAAAGAGGAGGAAAAAGUGCUGAGGCCUGAAGAGGAGUCAGAGGUUCUUAAGGAGGCUCUGAGGAGGGAAGCCACGAGGCGACACGAGCUGCGAAAGGAGCUGAGAGGCGCGCGGAACGCGCUGGACGACAUGGAGCGCGACGUCCGGGGCCUGCGGGAACAGCAGAUGGAGGACACGCGGGGGGAGGCCACGAGGACGCCAAGGAGGCUCCGGCGGGAGGAGGAGGAGGAGGAGGAGCGUCUCAGGAGUCGGCUUCCGAAGGAGCGGGAGGUGGAGGCGGGCGAGGCCGACCGGGACCGAGGAGCUGAAGUCAAAGGCGAGGACCAGGACGGGAGGAGGACCGAGGAGGACGAAGGGAGGAUGUGCGAGAAGGCGAAGACGUACCGUGAGGGGAGGCGCCCUUGGGAAAAGGGCGCGAGCGGUCCGGGGAGCUCCGACGAGGACCAGAAGGAGUUGAGGAGAUCCGCGGAGGAGCCCGCGAGGCCGACGGAGGCUCACGCGGCGAGGCCGAGGCGGGACGACGGGCGCGCCCGGCCGGCGGCCUUCGGGCGGCGGCGACACCAGAGGGGGCCCGGCGAGGGGGGCGGAGCCAGGCUGCUGCUGCUGCAGAGUCGCGUGGCCCGCCUGGAAAUCAAGCUGGAGCGGGCCAACGACAAGAACCUCAAACUCAAGAUGGGGAAAGGCUCGCUGGCGCAGGCGAGCGGCCCGACCGGCCGCCCCCCGGACCCCCCCCGCAAGCGACGCGACGGCGGCGGGAAGCCCCGCGAGGAUCUCAGCCGAUCGCUGGCCGCCGUCACGCUGCGCCCGGGUGACCGGGUCGAGACGCGGCGAUUGGACCGCAGCCUGAGGGAGGAGGAGCUACGUGACCAAAAUGUUGUAUGAGGACACGUAAGAGUCGUGCAACGGAAUGUGCGUCAUCAUCCCAUCGAUCGAUCGAAAGACGCAGCACGCGCAAUUCCCUUUUGCAAAUCAAUACAUUUGACCAAUGGGAGAACGGUCGCCGGCGGUCCUCCCGUGUCGAACGCUCGAGGGCGCCGUUUGCCCUCGUCCCCGUUUGAGCGCCCGACCGGGAGAAACGCAGUUGACGCCUGAAUUCUUGCCGCCGUCAUUUCCGAGGGAAGCUUGAUGAUGUGCGGCAAGUUUUCCCCAAAGAUGUUGAUUCCAUUUUUUUCGGGGCUGUGUUUGUCGUCAAGGUGUGACCGGACACCUUUUCGCAACGCAGCCGAGCGACGUCAAUGCCUUCCUUGUUAUCCUUUAGCCCUUUUUUUUUUUUUUGUAAUUUUUUGUAAUUUAUUUCCCGAAAUUUGUUGUUCAGAUGACGCCUGCCAUGGGAUUUGUAUUAUUAUUUUUUAUCCUCAUCUUGACGAUUGCAGCUCUGAAUUUGAAAGGAACUCUUCAAGUUUGGCUUUUUCAUUGGUGGACACCCACAAAACCAAAACCGCAUCAAAAAUCUAAUCAAUCCAAUC